AUGCUCAUUCUCGGCAAGAAUAUUCUUGAGAUAUCUCUUUUGCCACUGUUGGAGCCCGAGGAGCUACUUGCGCUACGAGCUACCUGCCGUGAGCUGAACAAUUUGGUUCUCGCCUCCAAUGUUUGGAAACAGCUUUACUUCCGGGACUUUGGCCCUACGCCUUAUGAGGAUUCUACACUCUGGAGCGAGCUCUAUAUACGGCGCCGUGCUGCAAAAGUCUUUUUUUGGGGUAUUUAUGCAAACGACGGCGACGGAGAAGGCGUGGCGUCGCGGCCCACUCUUCUUAGAGGCGUAGAUCAUCCCGUCAAAGACGUUGUGUUUACGCCUGGGUUCGUUGUUGUUCAGGACUCUGCAAAUGAAUUGUGGCAAGUGAGUUUCCCCAGCAAAAGUGAUGGCUCGCCUGCGAAACCAGCUACUCAGUUGACUAGUCAGGGAGUAUCCAAGUUCGUUUCUAUGCAUUGCAGUUACUUUGAGAUUAUGGCUUGCGAUUUCAAGGGGAGGUGGCAUCUGUGGUCGUGCGUUGAUGGAAGCAGUUCCAGUUUCAAUAUGCCUUAUAAAGUCUCACCAAAUAUGGUUGCUAUGUGCGCACUGACAACCCUGAAAUUGUUUUAUUCCCCGCAGGUGGGCCUUGUGCUCACUUCAGUUCUGAGCAACAAAAGUGGAUCGGAUGUCAAGUGCGCAGUUGUUCCCAAAACUGGCGGAUCUGGAAUGGAGGAGAUUGUUGAUUUAGCAAUGGGGGUCGGAUCGAAGCGCACGUUUGCGUCAAGUCAGUUCAUCGUUCACGUCGACCGGGCGGGCGAGCUUUUUGUCUCUUCAAUUCCUUUUGAAGAUUUGAACCACAGCCAUAUAGAGUCUCUUCAGGGCAUUGUGACCACUCAAUUCCCAUUCUAUGACCGGGUGGCCGGCCCGAAAACUCGAUUUGUUAAAGUUUUUGCCGAGUGCAACCGCUUUGUUGCCCUGACAGAUAAUGGGAGGGCCUUGGAGAUCAACUUGGUGGACGGCAAUAUUUUUGGAGAAAUCGGAAUGCGUAUUGUUCCUGAUUUGCACAAUGUGGUUGAUGUUGCUUUGGGGUUUGGCCACUCUGUUGCCCUCACAUCUGAAGGCGAAAUGAAAACGUGGGGUUGUGACUCGGCCCACUCGGGUUGUUUUGGGCUAGGCACUGACGAGGAAUUGGCACAAGCCGGCGCCCGUUUUGAAAAAGGUACGUUCUCUGACAGAGAAAUUUUAGAUAUGCCUCAUACUGUGAAAUGCUCACCAGCAGUACGUGUGCAUGCUUCUUUGGCUUCCACGGUGGCCCUAGGCUUGACAUCUUACGAUGAGGACGAUGAGGAGGCUUGA